AGGCGGGGGGAAGACUAGGCUCAGUUAGGCUGCUGAUUAGCAACAAACAGAAGGUUACGAGUUUAAAAAAUUGGACUAUUUGACCGCCAGACUGGAUUUGCGGCAGCGAGAGAGGAAUGAACUAUGUCGGGUGUCUAACCGGAGCUUGUUGGGUCGCUUUUGAGGGGACCCGGCGGUGAUUUGUAACAUUUCGGGCUGUUAGCGGAGGCAACCUCGCUGUUAGGUCGUUGAAGUGGCGAUGCUGAGCUGAUAGCUGCGUCAUCAUGUUGCUUCCGACUCGAGUUGGCGAAAAGAAAUCUCAAGUUAACGCCAGCGGCGAGGCUGUCCGCCGUCCCCCAGCCCCGGAGGCCACUCCCGGCCCCUGAAAUAGAUGGAAGACGGACGGUUGGUGAGCGGUUGGUGAGCGGUUAGCGGUGAAGCCUGUUUACGUGGUCGCCGUGAAAGUGGCGACUUUACAUCACUUGGCUCGGCGUUUGUUGGCGCGAUACUCCUCCUGGCUGCAUUUAUUAUCCACACUUGGAUGGAGAAGUCAAGAACAUUUUCGUGUGGAUGUUGUUGCGUAGCGUUACAAAAAAAAAAAAAAAAUUAGUACAGAAAUAUGAGCCAAUGUUUUUUUUUCCCGAACAGAAAGUGGAACUAUGUUGAUAUUUUAGGGAUGUUAGCAGAAAGUGUUUGGAUAGAGAGAAGUGAUGAUGCCCUCACUGACAGCUAGGGUACAAAGCAGGAGCCUCCAGUGAAAUGCUGCUGACUCCCAUCUGAUGGUGACUUUCUUCCGUAUCCCCAGAAAAGAGAAAAUGUUUUUAUAAGCCACAAUGAGAGACGUUACGGUUCAUUUUAGCUAAGUGGCUUUGUAGCCGUCCACUGGGAUACGCCGGUCUGUUAGCAGGGUGUCUACAGAGAGUGUGUUGGGACUUAUUGUUAGGUCGGUGGUCUGUUUGCUGUCACCGUAUCCACGUGGACUUUGUUUCAGGUCGGUGGGUAAAGUUUGGCUCGCAGCUCUCCGCCGGGAAAAGCGCCAAGGGUUAGCGACCCAGCCGGAGCUAGAGAGAGAUUUUUUGGUGUUGUUACUUCAAAGAGGAAGAAGCUGUGGUCUCUUUCAGCCUGGACAAAGUUACUUUUCACACCAGAAUAUAAAACCGGUUAAAAUGGCCGGCGACUGCACCCACACCAGCGCUCAUUACGCGAAAGCAGAGACGUUUUGUCCGUCCAAACCCGGGUCGGAUGGAGACAGAGAGGGAGCCGGAGGGAUGGAGUCAGCCGGGAUCUCGAAAGGGUGUGGACCAUCGGCACGGUGGGCGCCUAACUUUGAGAUGAUAGACGGGAUGCUGUACCGCAAGAAGCUGGAGAGGGGCUUCAUCAACUACCGGGAGGUUCUGGAUGAGGACCGGAGACAUGAGGCCAUCUCCACCUUUCACCGGCGGCGGCCUGGUCAGCGCCAUCUCUCCCUGGAGGAGACCUACAAAUGCGUGGCUGAAAACUACUGGUGGGAAGGGAUGUACUUCCAGAUCAGAGAUUUCGUCCUGGGCUGUGUAGAGUGUCAGCGCACCAAGAAAACAGAGGAACUGGGCGGAAGAGAAUGUGUCACAAAGACGAUGGAGUCGCACAGCGCUGACAUGCUGAGCAAGCUGAGGAGUCAGCGGGAGGCGGGGCUGUUCUGUGACAUUACCCUGCGCACCAACGGGCGACCCUACUUGGCCCACAGAGCUGUUCUGGCGGCCGUCAGCGAUCACUUUCAGGAAAUUUUCACAGAAAUGGACUCGAGCAUGAAAGCAGACAUAGAUCUCACUGGUUUCAGUGAGGAUAGCCUUCUGUCUCUGCUGGAUUUCUCCUACUCCUCCACUCUGUGUGUUCGCCAGGAGGACCUACCUGAAGUCAUCGCCAUGGCCCGUCAUCUGGGCAUGUGGCCUGCCGUGGAAGCCUGCUCGGCUCUCAUGAAAGAGCAGGAACAGCGACUCUAUCCUGGCAAGGGCUUUACCUCAGCUUGUGCAGGUGCAUGUCAUGAGCGUCACUGCCAGCGGAGGGAAAUCAAAAGGAAAAGGGUUUUGGGAUUAGAGCACAGUAUAACCAACAGUUUCAGUGUAUCGCUGGAUACAUCAGAUGAGUCUUUAGAAGGAAGUCCAAGACGCAAUUUGCGCAGGACGCCGAAACCCCAAGGCCAUAAUGGCCUCCCUCUGAGUCCCUCACACAGGAUGAAGCUCAUGGACUUCAAAUCUCCCUCUUCAAAGAAAGCUACUGCAUCUCGACACGCCAUGGCUACCCCACAGUCACAGAAUUACUCGCCCAUAACACCAUCAAACACCCGUCUUCUCCGCUCCACUCCUGGUGCUGCCAAGGAGGUUCAGAGAUUGCUUCCCAAGCUAGAGACCCCUCGGAGAAACAAAAAACCUCACUCUGUCACCCGGCUCUCGUGCAACUCCAGAUUGAGGCCUAGCGCUGUGUGUAGCCCUGUGAGAGUGAAGCAAGAAGUUGAGGAAGUUGGAGAGGAUGAGGAAGAUUAUGCGAGAGCACAGGAGAAGUACAAGCUGAUGAAUGUUCUUGGGUUACAGAGGACCGCCCUCCUCCCCAGACCAGAAGAUUUGAUCGGCUGGAGACAAAAGAAACGACUGAGGAAGCUGAAGGCCAACAACUAUUCCUUGACCAAGCGGCGGAAACCACGUUCCACUUCUCCAGGGCUACCAUUUACUGAUGUGACACUGUCACUUCCCCUCUGUAACCCUGUUAACACUCGUCUCCUCAACAAGUCGGUAAAGACCAAGCCUCUGGGUCCAGUCAGCAAGGAGCAGAUGAAAACAAAGAGGCCAAAGACUGUCCCGCGACAUGUCCCUCCAAGUGACAGGAGCAUGCGAAGUCAAGGUGUGUUACCAGACAUAUUUGCACCAUCCUUCGGGGGGAGGGAACUGAGGCGGUCAGUGAGGAAGGGUGACCGUGCCCAUCAUCCUGUCCAGCAGGCUCUACGACACAACACCAACAAAUCUCUGAUGAGAAACAGAGUCCGGAUCAAAUCAGAACCAGCUGAAUACUCUAUCUCAGGUCUCCCUCUUCCAUCAAACAAUCACCACGGCCACACACCCCACGAUUCAGCACCCUCAGAGUGGACACAGACCAAAAACAAAGCCACUAUAGAGGCGGUCAAAGCGCUGCGUUACAACAGCAGCCGACCAGCAACAAAGGGCAAGCUUAGGCGGGGCUCCACAAGAGAGGUGGAGAAGACAAAGUGUAAGCCCAGAGAGGAGGGGAGGAAGGUGGGAACCCAGGGGGUCAGGGGGGUCAUGGACACUAAACCGAGAGUGAAGGUUAAUGAACCUGGUGGGCUCCAGUUCUCAGAGCAGGCACCUCCUCAGUCUAUCUACAACCACCCUCUGUACAAAGUCAUCAAAGAGGAGCCAGCAGAACCUGUGCCAGUCGGACAGUUCUCUGAUCCUCCCUCACCAGACCUGGGCAAGCGCCAGAGCAAGCCCCCCAUCAAAUUACUGGACUCAGGCUUUCUGUUCAGCUUUUGUCGGCCAGCAGGGGGUGCGAUGGCGGCACUGAAGAAAGAGGAGGAGAGCGUGGAUAUCUGCUUAACACGCUCUGUGUCACAAGUUGGGGAGAAAUUUGGAACGGAGGAGUCCCCCCACAGGGCCCUGAGAGCCAGAGGGACACCCACCCUGCCUGUAGUGAAGAGGGAGAGGGAGGAGAGGAGCGUGAGCCAAAGCAAGGUUCAGAGACUAAGGUCAAACUCCCGAAACAACACUCUUCACCUGGCCAAAUCUGCAGGUUCAAAAGCCCCAAGGACUGUGCCAAAGCAGCAAGUUAGACGCCCUCUGAGCACCAGGAGCUGUGUCAUGCAGGAUGCUGUACGACGUGCAAGGCUAAAGCAGCUUCGAGGGCCUCGUAGUCAAGCUCCCAAAGUCCCAAAGGCGGCCCAUGCCUGUCUUCAGUGCCCAGCCUCCUACAAGGACUGUGAUGCUCUAAUCAUGCAUCGCCUCAGGCACAUCGAGGGCAAGCACUGGCCAUGUCUGCUCUGCAGCAAGACGUUCUUUCGUCUGAGGAAUGUACGGAACCACAUCCGCACCCACGACCCCAAGUUGUACAAAUGCCGGAGCUGCAUUGUUGCCGGUUCCUGAGGCAGCUGGAGGGUCUGCUCUAGCAGCGAGACUGAGGAUGAAGGCUGUCAGUGUCUGACACCAGCGAACAGACUGAAGCCAGAGGCACAUGAUCGAUCAGCAGCUUGUACAUAAUGCAUCUGUCACACACAAGCACAACGGUCUGUGGAAAGGCAUAAUUACUCUAUUUCUAAUCAUUGCUGUUGUCAAUGAUUGCUAAUGUUAUUUAAAUAACCAAACCAAGGUUGCUGGUCCUGUUUGCUUUUCCGUAGCUACAGAAGGUUAAACUUGAACAUUACACUCAGGGGGCGGGGAAUGUGAUGCCACGGUAUAAAGUGAUUUAACGUCACAGUUGUGUAUAAAAUGAAAUGUAAAGUGAUUGUUAUAACUAUUACUGCUACUUAUUGUUAUCAUUAUUUUUCUAUGUAUAGAUGAAUUUUGAGUGCACUUAUAUCAUGGCUUAUGUUGUAAACCUAAGAAGUGGUAAUGAAAUUGAAGGUUUCCACGGAGGGAAUACUUGAAGUGAUGCGAGUGCUGGAGGGAAUACUUGAAGUUAGAGGGAGUCUUAGGAGUGAGACUGUCCUUUUUGGGUGUUUCAGUGGGUCUUUGUCCUUUGGUGUGCUAACUUGACUAGUUUGCCCCUCCUUUCGUAUUGAUCUGCUCGUCUCUCAUAGCCCAUGAGUCGGGAUUUGACAAUGGGCUUUUAUGGUGACACCACUGCAUGUGUAUUUGCAGGCUGUUUGUAGUCCACUGUCUUUUCUAAGGCUGCCAAUUUUAAAAAGGGAAACGUGUCUGGUUUUUAAUGUGAAUUUCUCAAUAUUAAUCAACACAACUGUGUCAUUACAGAUGUUUUAUUGAUCUCUUCUUCCACUUCAAUCCAAGACACUCGUCUUGUUCUACUUCAAAUUCCCCUCCUACUGAGUCAAUGCAAUGUGUUCACAUGAAGAGAUGUUUAUGUUUCACAAAUUGAUUUUAGAAAUAAAUGAGCUGUCUCUUGCUAUCUGUUAAAAGACUGAAUAAAUUUUUGCUUUUUA